AUGACGAUCUCGGCCAAUGUGCGCAAGGAGCUGUUCGAGAUGACCAACAGCGAGGGCAAGCUCAUCCGCAUCAAGCCCACGGAGGCCAAGGCGGGCACGACGGUCUACUCGUCCAAGCAGAGCCAGCCCCUCAAGAUGUGGACCCAGGAGGAGCACGAGAAGUUCCUCGAGGCCAUGGAGAAGUACCCGGCCGGCCCCUGGAAGGUCAUCGCCGCCUUCAUCGGCACCAAGACGACCCGCCAGACCAUGACCCACGCGCAGAAGUACCGCCAGAAGAUCAGCCGCUGGCGCCGCGGCCUGCGCCACAAGGGCCGCAAGCAGGCGGGCGACGACGGCUCGCAGCACAGCGAGGCCGACGCCAGCGAGUACGCGGCCAAGGAGAACCUCUUCAAGGCCAUCGAGUACGUCUCGAGCGACGAGAUGCAGCAGCAGCAGCAGCGUCAACUCCAGCACCAGCACCAGCACCAGCUCCACCACCACCAGCACGCGGGCCGCUUCCCCAGCGCCAACGCCAACGUGAGCCCCGCGCGCUCGCUCACGGGUGUGCCCGGCCACGAGGCCCCGCGCAGCGAGCUGUUCCGCCUGGCCGAGCUGGCAUCCAUCGAGGUCAUGAAGCAGGAGCCCGUGGCCGUGCCCUCGGCCCCGUCGUCGCCCCCCGACGUCGAGAUGGCCGACAUGUCGAGCCCCGUGGUGAUCAAGCAGUGCCCCGAGGAGGUCGUGGCCCCCCGCGCGGCGUCCGUCGACUUCGGCGACAAGAUCCGCAAGAUGGAGUGGGGCAGCAACCAGUCGGGCUUCAUCCGCCCCAGCCCCGAGUGGUGCAUGCAGAAGACCGAGGUGCGGCUCAGCCCCCUGCGCGCGUCCCCCGACGGAAGCCCCUUCCCGGCGCGCAAGUUCGGCGGCGUGCUCAGCGCCAUCACUGAGAUGAGCUACCAGAACGCGCAGAACCGCCUGCCUCUGCCCCUGCCGGCGACGACGCCGAUGCACCCCCACGGCCUGCUGUCCCCCAUCCGUGUCGCAGGCGGCGCCGAGGAGCGCAAGAUGCAGCAGCAGCAGCAAUGCGGCGCCUUCCGCCUGCCGCCGCUCAACGUCGCGAGCGGCCAGGCCCCCAGCGUGUACUCGAUCCCCCCGCUGCGCUCCAAGAUCGACCCGAGCGUGUUGAGCGGCCGGGCCUACUACACGACCACGAACUAG